AUGUCGGAAGCUUUCGGCCACUCCACUCCAAUUAUUAUUGUUGGUGCAGGUGUCUUUGGGUUGUCUACUGCCUGGUGGCUCGCUCGUGCAGGUUACAGCAAUGUCCGCGUCCUCGACCGAUGGCAAGUCCCUUCCCCUUCGUCCGCAGGCUACGACCGCAACAAGAUCAUCCGGACUGAAUACGUCGAUGGCCACUUCUCAAUACUGUCGCAGGAAGCUAUUCAGUUCUGGCGAGAACCGCUUUGGAAAGAUGUGUUUCAUCCGACGGGCUGGUUAUAUGGCACCGACGGCUCGUUAGACCAGGAUAGGGCAAAGACUUUUGACACAGCGGUCUCCAAUACGCGCUCAUUAGGCGACCCCUCUCAAAUCGUCGACCUACCAGACUGGGAGCACAUGUUCAAAUUGUAUCCAGCAAUGGGGCACGACCAUCACCGACGCCAACGGCAGCAAGGAAGGUACGAAUCUGGCACGCCAGAUGCUCCUGCAGCCUUCCGAGGCAUCUACAACAGCAACGCUGGCUGGGUCGAGUCCAUCAAUGCCAUGUUAGUUCUAAAGCGUGAAUGCAAAAGACUCGGAGUCGAAUUCAUCGCAGGUGAAUCGGGGACCGUGACGGGCUUCGUCCGGGACCCCCACAACCCCACAACCGUCAUUGGCGUGCGCACGGCAAACCGGACCAUCUGGCAAGCCAAGAAAGUCAUCGUCUCCGUGGGGGCAUACUCGGAAACGUUGCUCGACUUCAAGAACCAGCUGCACGCGGUGGGAUACCCCGUCACUCACAUACGCAUGACCGAGGAACAAUACCUGCGGUACAAGGACCUGCCCGUGGUCGCCAUCACGCGGCGAGGAUACUUCUUCCCGCCCAACGAGGACCGCAUCUUCAAGAUCUGCACCAUGGACAUCACCAUGGUCAACCGCGAGCGCUGGGCCGAGCCCGAGUGCGACUGGGGCGUGCGAAGCCUGCCGCGCGACCAGGCGUACCACCCCACAGACACACAGCCGCGGGUCGGACGGCAGAAGACGCUUGAGUUUGCACGGUAUAUCUUGCCUGAGUUUGGCGAUGCCGAGGUGGAGAGCAGUAGGUUGUGCUGGGACGUGGAAACACACGACGAUCACUGGAUCAUAGAUUAUCAUGAGUCCGCGCCGGACUCGUUGUUCAUCGCUACGGGCGGCAGUGGGUAUUCAUUCAAGAACCUCACCAAUGUUGGCAAGUAUGUUGUACAGGCGCUGGAGGGAACGCUGGAUCCCAAAUGGAAGGAUUACUGGCGUUGGCGGCCAGAUCGUGUUGGUCAGUUUCCGGAGAGGGAGCAGAGGAAUGCGCGAUUCAAGUAUGACUUGCGCGACUGUGAAGGAUGGAAGCACACUGCUACACGGCUGUGA